AUGGAGUGUCUUGGCGGCGCUUCCGUCGAGCUCGUCAUGUACAUCACGAUCGCGCUGGCGUCGGUCGCGGUUCUUGGCCGCGCGCUCUUUGGCCCGAUGAUGCUCGGCGGGUACUUUGGGAAGGAGAAGUCGUCGACGCACUUGCUGGGCGGCCGGAAGAGUCUUAUUGCUUGGCGCCGCCGGGCCAUGAAGAACGUCGACCAGCACAUCCUUGAAGACAUUGCAACGCUCGGCGACCACGUGCUCGACGGCUACGUCACGGUCAAGAAGGGCGCGGCGAGCAAGGUCUGGAAGAAGCGCUGGGUGAUCCUCGAUGCCUACGCGCGCAUCAAGUGCUACUCGAACGCCGAGGCCGCGCGACGCAACUCGGCGCCCAAGCACACGUUUACCGUCCACCAGGUCGAGGUCGACGCCUCGAGCCAAGCGACGCUCGAGCUGCGCAACACGCUCGGAGCCACGUACUUUUUCCAGUUUGACGACGAAUUCAAGAUGAACAAGUGGCUCCUCGUGCUCCAGACGCGCGCGGUCCAGAGCACCAUCACGGGCCGCAUUGACCCGAUGGACAUGCACCACGAGCUGCACAGCCUCCAUGCGCCGCGCAUGGUGCACUCACUCAACAUUGACGUCGACGACUUUGUCGUCACUGCGCUCAAGGAGACGUCGAUGCGCCAGUAUUUUCUCGUCGCCAAGUUCAAGUCGGAAUUGCAUGAUCACUCGAUGGUGCCCGUGGGGCAGACGAGCCAGCAGCGCGUGAGCGAGACGACCAAGUCGGUGGUAUGGAACGAGCCGUUGACAUGGAGCUUUCCGGACCACGAGUGCAACACGUGCGACGAGUGCCAGAGCCUCGGCAUCACGGGCAUGUUUGGCGGCCUCCCCGACAUCCUCGUCGUGCACGUCCAUGAAGUCACGAUGCGCGUCAAGACGACCAAGAUUGGCCGCGUCACGAUCUCGCUCAAAGAGCUCUUCGGGCCCGCCGGUGUCCUCCGCUCGAACGUCGAGGCCAAAUGGCCGAUCCUCGCGACAACCCAAAAGAACCAGACAAAGGAGUCGGUCCUCGGCACGCUCAACGUCAAAUUGGCCUACUCGACCGAGCACGCGCCGUCGUCCGAGUGCGAAGCCGACCCGAUCGUGCCAUUCCUCACCUCCGAGCCCAAAGACCUCGAGCUCAUUGGCGAGUACGACUUGCCGGCGUCGAUAUCGACGUUCAAGGAGUUUGUCGAGACGUACCACAGCAGCGUCGACGAGCCGCCGGAAGGCGCCUUGUCCUCCAACCCGAUCUGGGAAGCGUACUACAAGGAGCGCGGCGACACCGAGAUGGAACGCGAGCCGUGGGAGCCGUCGCUCAUGUACGGCGGUGUCGUGCGCAAAGUGACGUUCCGGUCGUUGACGCACGCGCCCAUUGGCCCAUCGUCGACGAUGACGACGAAUACGUGGCACAUGUCCGGGUACCUGCCCGCCGGGUGCGGCCCCGAGUGCGACGAAGGCAGUGAGAUGAAGCAGAGCAUUCGUGUGCAGCUCCACGAUAUCCCGUACGGCGACUGCUUCACGGUCGAGCAUGUCACGAGCUUUGAGAAAAUCGAAAAUGGGCCGAUCCACGUCAAGAUCUACCUCGCGAUUCCGUUCUCAAAGGGCUGCAUGUUCAAGAGCAAGAUCCUCACGCAGACCAAGUCGACGGUCGCCGAGUCGUACGAGCUCUUUUACCGCUUGCUCAACGAGCGCCACGAUGCAAUGGCCGAGGGCGAGAAGGCGCCGGCGCUUCUGCCGCCGCCGCACCGCCUUGCGCGCCUUUGCUCGAUCAUCGACGAAGAAGUUGCGCUCGAAGAGAUAUUCGAGAACCAGCGCGUCCACAUCUUUGGGAAAUGGGAGCCCAACCACCUGUGGCCGACGGACCGCCCGCGCUUCUCGAACCGCGAAGGCACGAAGGAGCUCGCGUUCGAUGGCGUGACGCCGCCGCGUGGCUGGACGUGGACGUCCGAGUGGAAGAUCGAUAACAAGUACACCGAGUGCGACGAAGAAGGCUGGAGCUACGCGACGGACUUUCCGCGCUUCAAGGUGCAUUUGGCCAAAGGCAAGUCGAACGCGCGGAAGGGCGGCAACUCGGUGCGCCGCCGCCGCUGGAUCCGCACCAUGUGCGUCAUCCCCGACAGUAAAGAGUAA